AAGUGCUUCCUUUCGAGGGGUUGUGGUUCUUAGUGCGCAGGCGCAAAAGCAAGUCCUCUUCCGGGCAAAAUGGCGAUGGGACUAAUGUGCGGACGCCGGGAGCUUCUGCGCUUGCUACAGUCCGGGCGUCGGGUCCACAGCGCCGCAGGGCCCUCGCAAUGGCUUGGGAAACCGCUGACCACACGGCUCCUAUUCCCAGUAGCCCCGUGCUGCUGUCGCCCACACUACCUCUUCCUUGCGGCUUCCGGCCCCCGCAGCCUCAGUACCUCUGCCAUCUCGUUUGCAGAAGUCCAGGUUCAGGCCCCUCCUGUUGUUGCUGCAACUCCCUCACCCACAGCAGUACCUGAGGUGGCUUCUGGAGAGACUGCAGAUGUAGUCCAAACUGCUGCAGAGCAGAGCUUCGCUGAACUGGGGCUGGGGUCAUACACCCCAGUGGGACUGAUCCAGAAUUUACUGGAAUUUAUGCAUGUUGAUCUGGGCCUACCUUGGUGGGGGGCCAUUGCUGCAUGUACAGUCUUUGCCCGCUGCCUGAUUUUUCCUCUCAUCGUGACGGGCCAGCGAGAGGCAGCCAGGAUCCACAAUCACUUGCCAGAGAUCCAGAAGUUUUCCAGUCGAAUCAGAGAGGCCAAGUUAGCAGGAGACCAUAUUGAGUAUUACAAGGCUUCCUCGGAGAUGGCACUUUACCAGAAAAAACAUGGUAUUAAACUCUAUAAACCUCUCAUUCUCCCUGUGACUCAGGCCCCAAUCUUCAUCUCCUUCUUCAUUGCUUUGAGAGAGAUGGCCAACCUUCCUGUGCCCAGCCUGCAGACAGGUGGCCUCUGGUGGUUCCAGGAUCUCACGGUAUCCGAUCCCAUCUACAUAUUACCACUGGCAGUCACUGCUACAAUGUGGGCUGUUCUUGAGCUAGGUGCUGAGACAGGUGUGCAAAGUUCUGACCUUCAGUGGAUGAGAAAUGUCAUCAGAAUGAUGCCCCUGAUAACCUUGCCCAUAACCAUGCAUUUCCCCACGGCAGUGUUUAUGUACUGGCUCUCCUCCAAUUUGUUUUCCCUGGUCCAAGUAUCCUGUCUCCGGAUUCCAGCAGUACGCACUGUACUUAAAAUCCCCCAGCGUGUUGUACAUGACCUGGACAAAUUACCUCCACGGGAAGGCUUCCUAGAGAGCUUCAAAAAAGGCUGGAAAAAUGCUGAAAUGACGCGUCAGCUGCGAGAGCGUGAACAACGCAUGCGGAAUCAGUUGGAGCUAGCAGCCAGGGGUCCCUUACGACAGACCUUUACCCACAACCCUCUCCUACAACCUGGAAAGGAUAACCCUCCCAAUAUCCCUAGCAGCAGCAGCAAACCAAAGUCAAAGUAUCCCUGGCACGACACACUUGGUUGACUUAUGUUCUGUGCACAUUCUGGCAGGAAUUCUGUCUCUUCAGAGACUCAUCCUCAAAACAAGACUUGACACUGUGUCCUUGCCCCAGUCCUAGGAACUGUGGCACACAGAGAUGUUCAUUUUAAAAACGGAUUUCAUGAAACACUCUUGUACUUAUGUUUAUAGGAGAGCACUGGGUAGCCAAGUGAUCUUCCCAUUCACAGAGUUAGUAAACCUCUGUACUACA